AUGGAUGACAAAAAAACAUAUGGAUCACAGUCUGAUAUUAAUUCUGGAGAUGAAAUCGUCAUUUCUGGAAUCGCUGGGAAAUUUCCAGAUUCAGACAACAUGAAUCAGUUACGAGAAAAUCUAUUCAACAAAGUAAAUCUUGUUAGACCAGACCAUGAUCGUUGGAAAAUAGAAAAUUCGAACUUACCAAGGUACUUGGGAACAAUAAAAAAUGUAAAAAAAUUUGAUGCGGAUUUUUUUGGAUUCCCUUCCCAAGAAGCACAUGUAUUGUCACCUGAGACAAGAAUGUUACUGGAACGUUCUUACGAAGCAAUUAUCGAUGCGGGAAUCAAUCCGAAGCAAUUGCGAGGAAAGAAUACUGCUGUAAUUAUGGGAAUAACUAUACUUGAAACACAAGAAAAAUUUCUUUAUGAGGAUCUUCAGAUAGGUGGAGUGAAUAUCGUUGGAUGUAGCACAUUUGCAACAGCAAAUAUGAUUUCAUGUUACUUGGAUCUGAAAGGACCAUCUUAUACAGUUGAUACGUCCUGUAGUUCUAGUUUAUAUGCUGUAGCUCUUGGUUUUUAUUGCAUUAUGUCGGGCAUAUGCGAAGAUGCAAUUAUUGGAACUGCACACCUAUGCUUACAUCCAUUCUUGAAUAUGCAAAUCGCUGGUCUUGGUGUUUUGUCAUUCGAUGAUUACUGCAGACCUUUUGAUAUUGCUGCAAACGGUUUUGUUCGUAGUGAAACAGUAGGUGUGAUAUACCUCCAGAAAGCUAAAAAUGCGAAAAGAAUUUAUGCCACAUGUUCAAAUAUUAAAAUAAAUAACAAUGGCUACAUGGAAGAAGGAAUAUUGUUUCCAUCGACAUUUAUGCUUAGUACUUUAUACAAGGAAUUUUACAAUGAAUGCAAAAUAUCGACGUCUUGCUUGGAUUAUAUUGAAACACAUGGUACUGCUACCAAAGCCAAUGAUCCUUCGGAAGUCAACGCUAUACAUAAUGUUUUGUGCAAAAACAGAAAAAGUUCGUUAAUGAUCGGCUCCGUAAAAUCUAAUCUUGGUCAUCCUGAACCUGCUAGCGGUAUUGUUCAAAUAGCUAAGGUAAUAAUAGCAUUCGAAACCGGUUUAAUUCCACCAAAUAUUCACUAUACAUCACCACGAAAAGAUAUAGAUGCUUUAUUCAAUGGAACUGUCCAAGUCGUGACAGAAGCAACACCAGUUAAGAAUGGAUAUAUAGCAAUAAAUUCUUUUGGCUUCGGAGGAAGUAUUGCUCACAUGUUAUUAAAAUGGAACAUCAAACAGAAGAUUAACAAUGGAGCACCAAAUGAUGAUUUGCCAAGACUUGUAAUUUUGUCUGGACGAACGGAAGAAUCAGUGAAAUUGUUUUUAAACGAUUUUUAUGACAACUCUAUAUUUUUGAUUGUAGAUCGGUAA